CGUCGUCAAUACAUGCAGAGCGGACGUAUGGCUAGUGUUCAUGUAGAGAUUAAGGCCAAACGUGUUGCGCGGACUUGUAUGAGCGAGCAGAGGCGGUAGAGCGAGUUGCCGAGGAAGGUGCCUGUGGGCAAGCGCGGGGCUGUGGUGGGCGCGAGGCUGGUCAAGCUGGAGAAGGACAUGUGAGCGUCUCCAGUGCGGAGGAGGGGGAUGCAUCCUGAGAUGGAGGAGGUACUGAACUGGAAGUUGGUGUCGGCUGAGGGAAAGAUGAUGCUGUCCGGGUGGUUCUCGGUUGACGAGGUGAGGGCGAUCUGGGUUGUGUUGGCGACCGGCGGCGAGGAGGUGCUGGACGAGAUGCGACAGCUGAAGAAAGGGGGAAGGGGAUGGGCGGACGGUGUCGCCGUUCAAGGGUUCGUGGAACGUGGAUCCGCGGACAGAGGCAGCUGUGCAGGCGGAGAUGGGAAGGGCGGUGCAUCGUGGGGAUCGGCUGGCCGGGCCGGAAGGGGUAGCGUCGCUUGCGCCUCGGCUGGACGAGUAUCUGGUGGAGGGGAGGCCGAUGAGGGUGGUGCUGGACAAGAAUGCGGGAAUACAUCCUGAUUUCACGGAUGUGUUCUACAAGUCGCUGCAUUCUGGCUGGUAUGCUGUGCGCAAGCUGGAGGUUGUGGCGCAUCUGCUUGUCCAGUCUGUGCUGAACGGGAGCCCGCUGGAUGGUGAUGUGGACACGCAAGUGAGCGAAAGUCGAUGGGAGGGGGAGAUACCUGCUGUGGAUUCGCGGGAUGUGGAAGAGCAGGCGAAGAGCUGGCGCUGAGCGAGGCCGAGCGGGAGGCCAAGCGGACAGAGUACGCUGCUGCUGCGGCGGAACGGGUUACGAAGCGAGGGACAGCGACAACGAGUGGCUUGGAUGGGAGGGUGGAGGUGUGUGAUGGCGAUCCGCGGGUGAUGGGGCUGUCGCGGGCUAUGGAGAUGUGGUCGUAUGGGGCGGGACUAGGGGAUCGGUGGCCUGUUGGUGAGUGGAGCAGGGUGACGCUGGAUGGGUUUGAGGUCGAUGGAGCCAAGCUGAGCGCGAGCUUGAUGAAGGAGUAUGGACGGCAUCCGAUGGAUCCGAGCGCGGUGUGUUAUCGUGUUAGGGCUGACGGACAGAGAUGCGGGGCGUAUUGGUUGCGGACGGCCUCGCGCAGCGCCUUGCGCAGCAUGUUGCGGAGGAAGGUGAUGUUGCCGAUGGCGACGACCGGACGUGGCGGAAGAGAUAGCGACGUCGAGCGGGUAUCUGGGCCGGCGGCGAGGAGGUGCUGGACGAGCUGCAGCAGCUAAAGAAAAGAGGAAGG